CUUGGAUCGUCUUUAGAAAAGCCAAAAUGACGCCUCUCUUCUCCUUUUCGCUCCUCCUCGUCCUCCUCUGGUUCGCUGGUGUUCAGAGCUACGAGGCUCCGAAGGAAAAAGAGGAUGUGUUCGCUAAAAAAGCCUGUCCCGCCUUCCUCACCUUUACCAACGCUGCUCACCUGGCUGGAGUCACUGUGGAGCUGCCCUGCCACUGCAAACCUCAACAGGUAAAAACUCCAAAGGAAAAUAUGAUGGAUGGAGAAUUUCUAAAAGGUUUAUAUGUGAGUGAGGUGAUCAAAGUGGAAACGAGACUUUGGUUUUUCCCUCUGAAACUAAAUCAGAGGAGAAAACCAUCCAGGUCUGUGGUAUUGAUCGAGUUAAAGGCAUUAAUGUUUUUUUUCCCUGUUUCAGAUCCAAUCAGUCGUGUGGUUCUUCAAGAAACACUUGGGUGGCUCCGAGGAAACCAAAGUCCUGACCGAUCGCCAUGGCAACAAGCUGCUGGACCCCAAUCGUGUCCCUCACAGCGGAGACCUGCAGAGCCGAUUCUCCAUCCGCCUCUUCAGCCUCCUGAUCUUCAGAGCGGGGACGGGCGACUCCGGCGUCUACAUCUGCGGCUCUGCAAAGCGAGACUUCUUCUACGCUUACGAUCUGGACAUCCAGGAGGCGCGGAAGUUCAGCUUCACUCCGAGGUGACGAGAAAGACGAGAUGUUGAUAAUGUUUGAUGUAAAUUUUGACACAGAUGAUGAGCGUGUUGCGUCACCGAUAAGUCAGAUUGACCUGCUGCUGUCAUUGAAAUAUGCCGCUCUUACCUCAGAAGUCAGAGGUCGGAGUUGGAAACAAGAUGGCUGCAUCUACGAAAGUUAUUUUAGCUCUUGCCUUGUCCAAAUAUGAGGUAAGUGCCAAAAUAACUUUCGUAGAUGCAGCCAUCUUGUUUCCAACUCCGAUUUUGCUUUUUCCAACUUGGUAACUGAAAAGCCAAAAACUCUGGUGUGACAUCAUUUUCAGCUCCGACCUCUGACUUCCGAGGUAGCUCGAACGCACCAUUAGACACCAAUCUGAAGCUCUGAUUGGAUGUUCACAGGUUAACCCCAGAAGACACAACCAAGAGUUCGACUGUCAGAAAAGUUCCCUCCUCUGCUAAGUCCCUGUACCGCAUCUUUACCGGCUUCAGGCCCUGGUCGGUCUGUGAUCGCUGUGGAGUCCCGGGAGAGCAGGUCCGUGCGGGACUCUGCUUCGUCGAGUCCAAAUUCCUGCAUGUGCGCUUCAGACGGGCCAAUCAGAACGUCACCUCGUGCGGCUCAGGAGCGGUGCCGAAGGCUUUUGAGAGUGUGAGGAAAUCCAGGAUUGGAGCGAAGCUGGAGGUGAAAGGCUGUGAAGUGACAUGUCCAGAAGAAGGUCCCUCGUCAUCCAAAAUCCAGACCCUGAUGUCGUUUCUUGGGUUUGAGUGAGUCACUUUCACUGUUUCAUCAGUUUUUAACGGCGUUAAAGCCUCUAAAUCUAAUCUGAUGAGUCUCACCCUGUACUUUAGUUCAGGUUCCAAGUCAGCCCGAGUCCCGGUGUUCUACCUGAGCCACCCUGCAGGUCGUCUCCUCAUUAUGGGCUGUCCUGGGGCUCGACCCAACAUGGCGGUCGCCUGGGAUCAGGGAUCUACACCCAUCUACCGCUCUCCACCUUCAGGGCGUCAUAAUGGCGGAUCUAGACUGGAGAUAGACACAGGACACCACCUGGUGUUCAAACCUGCAAAAACCCAGGACUCAGGUACCGCAGUCUCCGAACCGAGGGAUUCUGGGCCAGGACUUUUUCAUCUUCAUUCUCAAAGUCUGUCUGUUAUUUCUUUGUCAGGUGUUUACUUCUGCUGGCUGCAGGGCCGAACCGCCGCAGAGAUUCGUCUUCUGGUUUACGCCCAUUUGGGGCGGAGACAAUCAGUGACCUCACACCCGGAUUUUCCUCUAGCUGUCUGGUUCGUGCUCAGGUCGUACGCUGCCAUGACCGGUGUGUUCUUACUGAUUCUGGUCUGCAGAGCUCUCCUAAAGGAAUACAGAGAUGAGACGACAAACUCCGGGGACACUUCGGAGACAAAUACCGAUUAAAGUCUUUUAACCCUCAGAACGCCCAGCUAUAUGUUGCUAUUUUUGGUCUGCCUGUUUUUUUUGUUGUUUUUUCUUUAAAUCUAUGUAGUAACUUUAUCUUUUUAAGCACAGCAAAUACAUACACAUCUAUUUUUUUACUCAGGACACCUACAGCUGUCAUCAAACACCUAUUUUUGUGGCUGGAUUGUAAACCUCGCUAGAUCACCUACAAUACUAUGACAUUUCUUAACAUACUUUACUAUAACUUUUUUUAAUACUAUAAUAUGACAUUUUUUAUUAUACUAUACUAUAUCGCUUUUAUAAUCAUACACUAUGACAUUUUUUUUAAAUUUGCUAAUAUUUAUUCAUACUAUAUUGUGACAUUUCUAUCAUACUAUACUAUGACAUUGC